AUGCAAAGGUUAUCAUCCCUGUUAAUAGGAUUUGGGUUAGGAAUUUUCGGAAUGAGCUUACUAUACGAUCCUUGGGGACAAGAACGAUUUGAAAGGACUGUAAGAGAAACAGCAAGAUUAGAAAACUCAAUUCUUAAUAAUGUGGAUAUUUAUAUAUAGAUGAGAUAGUUUCUUGGAUAUAUGCUAGUGGCUUGCUCUUUUGUAACAAUGAAUAGAAUUGGUUUACUAUAUGUGCUUUCAAUUCCAGCUUUAAUAGUUUAUGCUGCAAUCAAUUAUAAUCAUAUAUUAUAUAAAUCAGAAAGACUUGGAGGAGAGCAAACGAUACAAGGAGCCUUAUUUUAUAUAGCAUUUUGCUUUGCAUUAAUUGAUGCAUUAAUAAAGCCUAAGAAAGUGCCUUUGCAAAAAUCAACAUAAAAUAAAGUAGAUAAGAAAAAAAACGAUUGAUUUAUCAUUAAACAAAUGUAUUUUCAAUUAUAUAGAUGAAGUUGCUUGA